AUGGACGAAAGCCGCGCAAUCGUAAACUCGGCCUCGUCAUCGCAUCCCGGUGGCGUCACGCUCUACAUGCGCGCGCGUACAGUUACGACGCAGACCAGCAUCCGGCGCUGCUCCUCGCGCGCGAGAUCGAGGAGGCGAAAUUCCAGCGCUAUCGCGAGCGCGUUAAGAGGCGAUUGGACACGCGCUCGGCCGCUUGCGCGCGAGCGACGGCGCGCCCGUCGGCUACGCCGACUUCUCGCCGGCCGGAGCGGCCGGAGAAGCCCUCGCCGCACCUCUGCGCUCGGCACGCGCAGCCUUCGCAGUCCGUGCAGUCGACGGCGGCAGGAAGUCACGCGCCGGAAGCGGCCGCGGCGCGCCGUAACGGUCCAGCCGAGCGGAAGCCCGACGCGGCCUGCGCUCGCGGGCCCCGCGGCCGUGGGAAGCGCUCUCAACGCGGCUCUGUGGCUGUUGCAGGUCGGCGGCCGCGCAGAUGCUGCGCCGACGGCGAGCCGCAGUCGGAGCAGGCAGUGCGCAGCCCAGAGGCAGCUCGGCGCUCGAGGCCCGCCACAGGUGAGGGCGCCGGCCGGCCGCCGAGCGAGGGCGCGCCCAGCGGGCGCCGACUCGGCCGUGCAGAGCGCGGCCAGGAUGCUGUCGUACGUGCUGCCGCGGGACGAGCAGCAGCAGCAGCAGCAGCAGCAGCCGCGGCCGGCGCUGAACGGCGGCGCCGGGCCCGGGCGCCGCCCCCGGCCCGGCGCGGCCGCGCCGCUGCUGCCCGCGGCCGAGCUCAGCCCCAAGCACGCCGCGCAGCGCAGGCCCGCGCCGCCGCACGCCAAGGUCGGCAAGGACGACAGCCUCUACAGCAUCGACAGCGACGCCGGCAUCGCGGGCAGCGAGCGCAAGGCCCGGCCCGUCGGUGGGCCCAAGCACGCCAACCUCAAGCGAGUGUCGUUUGGCUCGAGCAAGGGCUCGAUGGUGGAGACUCUGGUGUAUGAGACGCCGGUGCAAGAGGAGCCGGAGACCAACCAGUUCGGCGAGCAGAACGGACGGCCAGCGGCGCCCAUGAUACCAGUUCCUGACACCGACGAGGGUCGAGAAAAGGUGCGGGUGUCGUUCCGAGGGCCUACUCCGUUCCCGUCUACGCCCGGAGUCCUGUUGCUGGAACCGAUCGGACCCCCGGCGGACGUCAUGGCAGCCAGUGCCGCGGAGCUGCUGACCGCCCACACCGAGCACACGGUGCCCACCUACCACACGCAAAUCAGCACGGACAGCGGCUGGGACAACCCGUUCAGGCCUGACGGCGACCUGUCGCGCGAGGCCGACGAGAUCGUGGAGCUGAUCAAGGGCGGCAAGCCCAUCACGCCGACGCCCGGCCAGACCGCCCCGGCGCUGCCCGGCUGCGAGAGCAAGGCCGCCACGGAGCUGGACGCCGCCGCGCCGCCGUCGAGCCGCCACCAGGGGAACGGCCAGGCCGCCCGCGGCGCGCCGGCGAAGCCGCCUGCCGGCCAGCAGCCCGCCGCCGGCGAGAAGGGCUCGGGCCAGGUGGACGUGGGCAGGUCGACGGCCCAGGCCCCCGGCGACGUGUCGCAGGUGGAGCACGUCACCCUCAAGAAGAAGCCCAAGUGCAAGUGCUGCGUGCUCCAGUAACCUGUGGCCCGGCCAGCAACGCCCCGCGACUCUCGGCGCCUCGGCGCGGCUCGCGGCGACGGCCGCUGGGCGCGAGCGCCUGGCCGCCAGCGGCGAGACGGGGAGCUCGUCGCCGCCGCCACUGACCACCGACCAGUCUAUUGAAUGAUAUUGUAGAUACGAGGAUACAGAUAAUACGUAGCUAUCUAUAAUAGCUCAAGUGCUUUUGCCAUUGUCGUCGGUACGGACGCGAGCGACGUUAACGGACGAGUGCCAACGGGCGUACGAUCAUUCCUUUACUUGUCUCUUCCAGCGGCGACUUACGAAACACGGGCCCACACACACGCGCGCACACACACACACACGGACGCGCGCGCUCUAUGCGAGACGACAGAGUGAAAUCUGGACAGGCGGUCGCGCACCAACGGCAAAUCGCUUCCCGACGCCUAUUCUUUGAGACACCGGGGCGCGUACAUUUGUAAAUAUGUUCACACUGCGACAGCUAUCACCAUACUAACGGCAAAAGGACAACUUUGCAGUGGCGACGUAACGAAGCGACGGAGACACGAAGAACGGGCGAUGCCGCGGACGCGGAGGAGCCGCAUUGCCGUACAGUGCUCGCCCGAGUUCUUGCGUUUUUAUACUUGUUCCUCUUUGUUUGCUCCUCGGCUGCGAGCCAUCGCAGCGCUCGAGACGGGACGCUCCUCCGUGCUACGCCCUCCAAACUGCUGCUGGUGCACAAAUUAUAACGUAACGAAGCAUUAGUCGCAAGCAAGCAAGUCGAGGCAGCUCCUAGGCGGCUGCCGCCGAGCGUACGAUUAUUUUAUUAUUUUUCUUUCUUCGUCCUUUGACCAAAAAUGCAAGCUACGUAGACGAGGCGCGCGCGCGCGCGCACGUAGACCUUUCGUUUCCGCUAUCAUUGUACUCGUUUUCGGCAAUCUCCAAUUCCUCUCACCGACGCGGCGAACGCUCAUGCUGGUGCAAAAGCCUAGCUCCGCGUAACAAUCCAACGGAUUCGAUCUGUUUAUUUUUAUUUUAUAUGAAUAAAUGAACGAGUAAAUAAAUCAAUAUAUAUAUAUGCACACACACACACACACACACACACACACACACACACACACACACAUAUAUAUAUGUAUACGUACGUAGACGAAACGUCUCGAUUUUUCAACGACACGGCUGAUACAUCAAGUUUUUCAAUUUUCGAAGAUUCUAUUACAAGUUGAGUGGCGCAGCAGUUGGCGUUGCACGCGUGGUUUUUUGCGUGUCGAUUAAAAAUUGAGACGGUCGCGUAGGGCAAAAAUGAAAACGGAAAUAAAAUAAAGAAAUGAAAUGUUUACGCCGCUGGAUUCCUUUUACAUUCAGUACCUACUUGUCCCGCAUCACGCGUAAAUAUUACGAGUAUAAUGCAUGUAAAGAGUAAAUGCGUACACAGACUGGCAUCGAUACGUACACAAUAUUAUAUAUAAAUAUACAUAUAUAAAUAUAAUCUAAACCUCUCUAUGUAUAUGUAUAUACAUAACUGCCUAGACUCUUUUGAAGCUGUCAGAUUUUUUAAUUACACGUUCAGCGCUAUUACAACGGUUUUCUAGUUCGGUCGAGUAUGACUCUCAGUAAUGAUGCCGCAUAAUGUGCACUCUAUCGGAUUUUUAUUAUGAACCGACCAAUCGAUUGGUCCUGCAACUCAUUCGUUAGUGAUAUUAUGCUUGAAUAGCCGUAAUACGCGGCUGCUGGACCGCGGGACUGCUGUCUGUUUUUACCUAAGCUGCCGCUUGAUUAAUUCCUAUUCGUUUUCGGUCCUCCUUGACCACCAAUUUCACGCGUGAUGACCGUUGUUUCCUCGAUUAUUCUCGCGAAACGAAGGAAAAGGCACGAAUCAAGGAGAGAGGGCAACAAAUUGUACAUUGAACCUCGUGAUUCAAAGAUACCGAGCCAAAGCGUGCGAAUCGUCAUCGGUUUGUCGAUGACCAGCGAAAGCACCACCGCCACCAACGUAAGGGAUCUCAGAUGUCUUGGGAAUGUCGUAGGUAUAACGAUAAUCCUUUUUAACGAGCAUUGUCGAAUCAAAGAUUUUUUACCGACGAAAAUAAAAUUGCGCGGAAUUUAGAACGAGGAUCGCACGCCUGCGCCGUAACUGCUAUUUACCUUUUUUGUAUGUACGUUGUAGCUGCGGACACGAAAGCCUGAUUUAUACGAGUAGCGAAAAACAAAAGAAAAUACAAUUGGGAUUGGUGACGAGAGGAAAAGCCAGUAGGUGUGGGACAUGUAAUUACUGU